AUGGUUAUUGAUAAUUGGUAUCAUUGUGGGCCCCUGGCAUCAAAUAAUAAACUUUCAUGUUGCCCAGCAGGAGGGUAUUGGUCGAAAUGGAGUGCUUGGCAAAAAGAGACCGAUAAGAUUCAGUGGACCCGCACAAGAACCUGCACCAGCAAAGACUUUUUUUGCCCGUGUACUGGCGAAACGACGAAUAUUGUAUACACUUGUCCCUGCACCGCCGUUACCGUAAUCAACUCAACCUCCACAUGCUCCUCAUCAACUUCAAAGACCCCGUUUUCAAUUCGAACUCCUUUGAAUCAAGCCUCUCAGUGUCUCUCCACAUUUAUAAUAGAGGCAACAAACUUCCGAUAUAAUUUCUAUACUGCAAGCGGAUCAGAUUUUGUAACAACUAUCGGAUGGGUGGAUAGUACCGGAGUCUGUCAAACUGCCGACGUGCCGGGCUUGGGUGGGAUGGGGACCGCUGGCUUGUUCUAUAAAAUCAAUUUUCCAUGCGAUUUGACAACUGGAACAUUUGGUGGAAGUUUGAGAGGAGUUGCGAUGAAUGAUUUGACUUAA